AUGAAUCUAUUCAACCUCAUCCUCCCCAGUUUCCUUCAACCGCGACAGCAAAAUGCACAGUCUUCGACCGACAAGGUCUCUCCAACCGCGUUCCUCGACGGCAUGCGUGGCCUCGCAGCCUUUGUCGUCUUCAUCUGCCAUCUGACAUACGGAAGUUUUGAUACCGGCCAUGCCUGGGGCGCGAACCCAGAAACAGAAACCGAGCGCCAAAACACAGAGACCUACAAAGGCUUCCUACGGCUUCCCGUCGUUCGUUUGCUAUACUCCGGUCCUCCAAUGGUGGCGAUAUUCUUCGUCAUUUCUGGCUACGUCCUCGGCUACAAACCGAUCAAACUGAUGCGCUCACGACAAACCGAACAAUUGAUGAACACGAUGAGUUCUUCGGUCUUUCGUCGCGCACUGCGUCUCUUCCUGCCCUGUUUCGCGUCAACGCUCCUUGUGGUCUGCCUGGCGCAACUCAACCUUUACAAGCUCACUGAAGACUUUGCCAGUCAGAUGCGGACCAUUCCUGAAGACCACUGCUACACCCAGCCGAACCUAUGGCUGCAAUUCACAGACUGGAUGCAGCAAAUGCUGAUAUUUGUCGAUGUUUUUGACUGGUCUCUGUAUGCUGGCUCGGUGGAACUCGACAGGCAUCUGUGGACCAUUCCUGUGGAAUUUCGCUGCAGCAUGGCCCUAUUCCUAACGCAGGUGAUGGUCGCAAGGAUGUCGACUAGACUACGGAUUUCGACACUGACGGCGCUCAUGAUAUGGGGUGUCUCAUGGACCAGGUGGGAACUAUGGCCAUUCUGGGCCGGUAUGGUGAUUGCUGAAUUGGACAUUACACGAACCUCGAAGGCGGUGGACCUGCCUUGCCCGACCACAGUGACUACACCGCAACGAUCAGGGCUGUUCGCCAAAGCCUUUUACUUUACGACGUUCCUUCUCUCGCUCUUUUUGCUGUCUUAUCCAGACGCCACAGGCCAUGCAACACCCGGCUAUAUCACUCUCACUCGCCUCAUUCCCGUGCAAUUUAAGGAGAUGCACCGCUUCUGGCCAACUGUCGGCGCCAUACUGAUCAUCUGGUCAACGUGUCACUUGGAGUUUCUCCGCCGAAGAGUCUUCUGUUGGUCUGUCAUUCAGUAUCUCGGCAAGAUCAGCUUUCCGCUGUACGUUAUGCAUGGACCGGUCAUUCAUACAUUAGGGUACUCGAUCCUCCCACGAACUCCGGAAAUUGAAACGCCAGAGAUAAUGCGUCAAUUCGAGCUUUCCUUUCUCAAGUCUUCGGUCGUCAUCGUCAUCGUGGUGAUCUGGACGGCGGACAUCUUUCUGCGGGUUGUCGACACGCCCUGCGUCAACCUCAUACGGAAGCUGGAGAAGACUUUAUUCCAAGCUUGA